AUGACUCAAGAAGAAACCUCUUAUGUUCUCUUUCUAGCAAAGAGAGAUCCAUACUUGGGUGAAGACGAUGAAGCCACAUCCAAUGACGAUGAAGACCAUCUCUAUGAUGAAGACGAUGAAGCCACUUUGGCGCAAAAGAACAAAUACCGAGCGAAAAGAGGGUCGUCACUUUUGGCAAGUGAAAAAUUAAAUUUGAUAAAAUAG